AUGAUAAAUUUAAUUCUUCAACAAUUUAUUGUCAUAUUGAGCUUCAUCUUUACUCAAGCCAAGAUUAUACUAAAGAUUUGUAAUCCUGCACCUAAUGGAGUCUGCAAUAUAAAACCUAUUAAUUACCUAAUCGGCAAAUUGCUGUUUGGGAACUUAUCUUUCAAAUCACAUGCUGUUUCUUCAAAUAAACUCCAUUUUACUCUAAAAGCUAAAAUAAGUCAAGAUAAUGCUGGAUUUUUAUGGUUCACUAUUGGAGAGUCAUCCUCACCUCACUGGCAAUAA